AUGGGGAAAAAACUGGACCUUUCCAAGCUGACUGACGAAGAGGCCAAGCAUGUCUGGGAAGUCGUUCAACGGGACUUUGAUCUUAGAAGAAAAGAAGAGGAAAGACUAGAAGGCUUGAAGGGCCAGAUUAAGAGGGAAAAUUCCAAGAGGGAGCUGCUGUCGGACUCGGCCCACCUGCAAGAGUCGCACUGUGCACGCUGCCUUCAGCCCUACCGGCUCCUGGUGAACAGCAGGAGGCAGUGCCUGGACUGCGGCCUCUUCACCUGCAAGGAGUGUGGCAGCGCCCACCCCAGGGAGCAGGGCUGGCUGUGCGACCCCUGCCGCCUGGCCCAGGUCGUGAAGGUCGGCUCCCUGGAGUGGUACUACGAGCACGUGCGGGCCCGCUUCAAGCGGUUCGGGAGCGCCAAGGUGGUCCGGUACCUCUUUGGGAGGCUGCAGGCUGGAGGUGGGCCUGAGCAGACCCCUGGUGAGAACAGUGGAGACAGUGAGCAGACAGAUGAGGAUGGAGAACUGGACGCAGCAGCCCAGGCCCAGCCCGGGGGCAGCAAAAAGAAACGCCUCGCCAUCCACGGCCGGGACCUGGAGUCCGACUCGGAUGACUCCACUCAGUCCUGCCAUCACGCCCUGCACCUGUCCUCUGACCCCACGGCCGUGGACAGCCUGCAGGGGCUGGCUGGUGCAGGCAAGCACACGGAAGCCGACCUGGAAGAGGAGACCCUGAGGACAAAGCUGGAGGAGCUGACCGACAACGUCAGUGACCAGGGUGCCUCAUCUGAGGAAGAGGGGGGCCAAGACACCUUGGUGGAGUCAGACAUGGGCGCCACCAGCGGGGACCUCCCGGGGGCAGCCCCAAAGGUGUGUGCAGCUGCAGGACAGACAGACAGAUGGGAGACGGAGCUUCAGGGCCCCCAGGACCACAGCCUGCCCUCCAGGACCACAGACGAGGAGCUGUCAGAGCUGGAGGACAGAGUGGCUGUGGCGGCCUCCCAAGUCCAGCAGGCGGAGAGUGAGGUGUCCAAUAUCGAGUCCAGGAUUGUGGCCCUGCAGGCUGCGGGGCUGACAGUGAGGCCCUCCAGAAAGCCCUUGAGGAGGUCAAACAUCCCGAUAUUCCUUCCUCGACGUGUCAGGAAAUUUGACCAGAGCCCUGAGGAUCCAAAUCCAGACCCUUCAAGUGAGGUCGAGGUCAUGGCUGUCCCCUACCUUCUGAAGAGGAAGUUCAGUCACUCCCCUAAAAGUGCAGGCAGCGAUGAGAAAACCUUUGACAGGAAAUCAGUGUACCGCGGUUCCCUGACGCAGAGAAACCCCAACGGGAAGAAGGAGAAGGCCAACCACAUCUUUGCGAAACCCGUGAUGACCCACCAGCCCUAA